UCCGCCCUGUUCCCCUCCCGCUCGCCGUUAGGGAGGCUCUGCGCCUCAGCCGCCUCCGCCUCCGCCGCUCCCGCCCACUUCUCCGCGUCUGCCGCCGCCGCUGCCCGGGGUCUCCGGGGGGUCGCUACCGGGCUGGCCCCGCGCCACUGCAGUCGCUUCAGCCUCGCGCUAGAGGCCGCUUCGGGAGGAGACCCGCCGGCCGCCGUGCCACUUAGGGCCUCAGUUCUCGCCUCGUCGACGUCGCCAAGGGUUCUGGAGAAGCGGCCAAGGCCGGGGAACGGGGCUUCGCGGUUCCAACGAUUAAGUUCUGAAGUACUGAUCGAGUUCUGCGUUUCUUCAAUGAGGAACUACAGGCUGAUCUUCUGCCAUAAUCUCAAACAGCCAUAAAUGACAGAACGAUGCUUGCUCAGUGAGGGAAGCUGGUGCAGAAGCCGUGUUUUAAACUUAGGUGUUUAAGUACUCAAAGAAAAGACAGCUUUGAUUUCUGGCUGCAAAAAAGCUAUGAGGAAGAGCUCCUCCCCUUCCUUGAGUAACUGCAACUCCGAUCUUGCUAGCAAAAUAUUUGGAAUUCCACUUGAUGAGCUGCAGCAGGGAGGACAUCCAGACAAUGAGGUUCCGUUCAUAGUCCGCCACGUUGUGGACUAUAUUGAGGAACAUGGAGGUCUGGAGCAACAAGGGCUGUUUCAAGUCAAUGGGAAUGCUGAGACAGUGGAGUGGCUUCGGCAGAGAUACGACAGUGGAGAAGAGGUGGACUUGGUUAAGGAAGCGGACGUCCCCUCAGCCAUUAGUCUCCUUAGGUUUUUCCUGCAGGAGCUCCCUGAGCCCGUCAUACCUGGCAGCUUGCAUAUUCACUUGCUGCAGCUUUCUCAAGAUUAUAAUAAUGAAGAUGAAUUUGGAAGAAAGUUGAGGUUCCUCUUGCAACAGCUUCCACCUGUUAAUUACAGUUUGUUAAAGUUUCUGUGUAGGUUUUUAGCCAAUGUAGCAUCACAUCAUGAAGAAAUUUGGUCUGCAAAUUCUUUGGCUGCUGUUUUUGGUCCAGAUGUCUUCCACAUUUACACGGAUGUGGAAGAUAUGAAAGAGCAGGAAAUUGUGAGCAGGAUAAUGGCGGGACUUCUGGAAAAUUAUUACGAGUUUUUUGAGAAUGAAGAGGAAGAUUUUUCAUCAAAUGAUUUGAGUUCAAUUACUGAGCAGGUUAAUGAACUUUCUGAGGAAGAAGAGGAAGAUGAAAAGCUGGAGCAUAUAGAAGAACUUCCAGAAGAAGGUGUAGAAAAGUCAGCUGGCAUGCCAGAGGUGUUGCAGUUAAGGAUGACUGAAAACCUCCUGGAAUCAGACAGUGUUACAGCAUCAACAAGGGUUGAUGCUGCUGCUGCUGCUGCUGCUGCUAAUGCCAGUGAUGGUAACAUAAAGUGUUCAAAUCCUGUGGCUGGUACUACUGCAGAUAAUGAAGUCAUGCAGCAAGAUUUUGUAUUUGAGGAUCAGAAAAAUAAUGAGUCUGUAGGUAUACUGUUAGAGCCUUGUAGUGACCACGGGGAUAGUGAAGAUGGCUGUCCUGAGAGGAAGGAAUAUUUAUUAUGUGACAGUGAUAAAUUGCCGCACUUGAUUCUGGAUUCUAGUAGCAAGAUACGUGAUUUGAAUGCCAACACUGAAUUGGAAGUAACGGAAGGUCAGAGUGUUGGUGUUCAAGGAGAAGCAGCCUGUAUACAGAUUGCGCAGUUAGAUCUGAAGAACGUUUCUGAUGGUGAUAAAUGGGAAGAGCCAUUUCCUGCAUUUAAGUCUUGGCAGGAAGACUGUGAGUCUGGAGAAGCUCAGCUGUCUCCACAGGCUGCCAGGAUGACUCACCAUCCCCUGGGAGAGGACUGCCCUCCAGUAUUAUCUCAUCGCAGUUUAGAUUUUGGGCAAAGCCAACGUUUCCUACAUGAUCCAGAAGCUUUGGAUUUCUCGUCAAAGGCACUUUCCUUCACUAGAAUUCGAAGGUCAUCCUUCAGUUCAAAAGAUGAGAAAAGAGAAGACAGAACACCAUAUCAGUUGGUCAAGAAACUUCAGAAAAAAAUCAGGCAAUUCGAGGAGCAAUUUGAAAGGGAAAGAAAUAGCAAGCCCUCCUACAGCGACAUUGCAGCCAAUCCAAAGGUAUUAAAAUGGAUGACAGAGCUCACGAAGUUGCGGAAGCAAAUUAAAGAUGCAAAACACAAAAACUCUGAUGGAGAAUUUGCGCCUCAGCCACGUCCUCGGAGUAACACUCUGCCAAAAAGUUUUGGCUCUUCUCUAGACCAUGAGGACGGCGAGAGUGAAGGUGAGCCCAGAGUCAUUCAGAAAGAGAAGCCGCCAUCGAAAGAAGCAACUCUUGAGCUGAUUACCAAACGGUUGAAGGAAAACCGUGCCGAGCGGCACCUUCCUGAGGAUAUCAAGAAAAUGACAAAAGAUCAUUUGAUAGAAGAGAAGACGUCUCUGCAGAAAAGUCUGCUUUACUAUGAAAGUCAACACGGAAGGCCGGUGACCAGGGAAGAAAGGCACAUUGUUAAGCCUCUCUAUGAUAGAUACAGGCUUGUAAAACAGAUGCUGACAAGAGCUAGCAUUACUCCUGUCCUUGGUUCUCCCUCCACGAAGCGCCGGGGUCAGAUGUUACAGCCAAUCAUAGAAGGAGAAACGGCACACUUUUUUGAAGAAAUCAAGGAAGAAGAAGAAGAUGGUGUCAGCCUCUCCUCUGAGUUAGGUGACAUCUUGAGCACAAAUGUGCACACACAGUCGUCCUUGGAAAACUCAGAAUCAGAUGCUGAAGAAAAUCAAGAAAAACUGGCUCGGGAUCUCUGCUUAUCAAGUACCCGGGCAGCUUCUGUGCCUGAAUUACUGGAGCAACUUUGGAAAGCCAGAGCUGAGAAAAAGAAACUACGUAAGACGCUACGGGAGUUUGAAGAAGCGUUCUAUCAACAAAAUGGAAGGAAUGCCCAGAAGGAGGACCGUGUCCCGGUGCUUGAGGAAUAUAAGGAAUACAAGAGAAUUAAAGCCAAGCUUAGACUCCUUGAAGUUCUUAUCAGCAAACAAGACUCUUCAAAAUCCAUAUAAAAUAUGUUCCUUGAAAGUUGACGUCAUAAAGUGCUUGUGUUCCCUGACGGUUCACCAUGUGUGCUUGGCUGUACUUGCGUUCACUUUGUCAGGCACUCAGAGUCCCCUUGUGUGCUUGUUUGUGGUUCCAGUAGGCAAGGAAAGCUGUUCCACACCCCGCAGAUCCUCUCCACACUUAGGAAACACGCAGGCUCCUUCAUUGUUUUACUGCAGACACGGCUGUUAGCAAAGGACAAGAGUUUUACUCUUUUACUUCAAGAACUUUGAAAUAAAAAAGCUCUUCUGUUUACUUUUUGUUUUUUCUUUUGCAUUACUGAAGAAAAUUGAGAGGAAAAAUCUUCAUACUGAAUGAAAUUCUUCGGUUGCCUUUUCUUAUAAAAUGACUGAAAAGAAUAGCCUAUAAGUGUGACAUAUGGAACGGUAUUGUUUUUUUCUAGAAAACCAAACUGGAUUUUCAAAUCCUACAUUGGAACACCUUUCUGUGUCGUUCCCAAAGUGACCCCUGCACAGAUAGCACUUAGCCAGGAUUUGCAAUUCAGUGGUCACAGCUCCUGAACGGAGGGAAGCGCGGGUAGAGCACAAAGCAGCCUUGCUUAGUCAUUGCAACAUUACACACAUCACUCAGAGCUGAAUCACGUCACAUGCUGCCUACAGGACUUCAGUCACUGUCACCAGCUGGCAAUGCUGACCUGUCUGGAUCAAACCCUGUGCUGUCCCCAACCCACCUCCAGAUAAUGUCAGAAAAUAGCCAUGCCAGUGCGGAGGGACUUGGGUGGUGCUCAGAUCUGUGUGUCAUCAGAUGGGCCUCAAAAGAAUGAGCACACCUCAGUGUGUUCUCCAAGGGCUAGACCACUGCAGCUUUCCAGGGUUAUUCAGGGGGCUUCAUCUCCAGAUGACCACCGCUCGCUCGCCCACCCGCCCAGUUGCUUGCUGUUCAGAGCAGCCACUCACAGGAUGUGUAGUGGUAUGCUUCUUGUCGUAGACUCUUAGCAUCUUUUUUUUUUCCUUUGGCUUUGCAUGGCUUUUCAGAUAAUCUGCUAAUCAUUUCUUACUGGAUAGUAACUUGUGUUAAUAUGACAGAUGUGGGUCAGGCUUCAUCUAAGUGGGCUGUCCUUCAUACCCCACCCCCACCCCGGUGCUUUUUUGAAUUGAUAAAUGUCUCACUUUGCCCAUGCUUUGCAUGUAAUGACUCAUGCAUGAUUUUCUUCUUAAUAGUUUGUUUCAUACAAAUAAAUGGAAUUUCAUAACAUCUUUAAUAAGGUGAGGAAAGCAUGAACCUUGAGCGCUGCCACUAUUAUUACCCAGUAAGAGCAGGAAGUAGUUUGAUAAUGAAUAGUGUGUCUACGUACUUCACAUUUCACUUGUGUGUGCAAUGCCUUUCUGGGGGAGAGGGAAAAUCCAGCAGUAGUGAGUGUGUAGUUGGAGGGUUUUUUUGUUAAGUACUGAAUCACCCAGCCUUGUUUCUGUGGUUUCCUUUUGAUAAUACUAGGUCAUUCAUAAUGUAUUUUUAGAAAAGUAAUUAAGAAUGCCAAAAAACCCCUGUAUCAUUUGAUUUGAACCCAUCAUGUGGUGUACUUUUUAGUUUGUUUUUUCCCAGACAGGAUUGCUACAUGUAAUUUUAUGUGCACUGUAUAUUUUUAUGAAUGUUUUAUUUUGUAUACCACAUGCAAAAAUGUUCAUGUGCACUAUUUAAAUGUUUUAAAUAAUAUAUUCCUUCUGUAUAACGCUAAAUCUAUUUGAGUACAAUAUUUUUAUAAGUCUGUAGCCUGACUGGUUUCGUUGAGUUACAGCUGCUUCAUAAUUUGGUCGUUGAGUUGUUAGUUUGGGCUGAAUAGAGUAGUGAAGUGGCUCGCACGCUUCCAUGGGCUUGCACUGACUCAUGGUUAGCAGUGGGGAUAGUUAGGCAGCUUGCAAGAGGUUUACUUUGGUACAAAUAAAAAUUAUAUCUAUAUAUAAAUACUAUAUAGAUAUAGAUAUAUAUGUGUCCACCUUAUAAUUACAUUGCUGUGUUUGUUUGGCACUUCAUUGUACAGACUUUUAUAAUAAAAGAACUUUACUGUUCUAA